UCAGUUAACCCAAGUAGUGUUUGAUUUUUAUUUAAAUUAUCUAUUAAAGUGACAGCUUGUAAUCUUAGAAAAAACAACAUGGAUAGAAGAAAUAGAGAGGAAUAUAUGCAAAAUUUUACAUUUCCUUUUUGUGACAAUGUUGUGAAAUAUAAAAAGAUUGUGAAAAUUGGUCAGGGUACAUUUGGUGAGGUAUUCAAAGGGUAUAAUACGGCAAAUCCUACCAAAUAUGUAGCUUUGAAAAAGAUAUUAAAAGAAAAUAGUUCACAAGAGUUUCCUAGAACAGCAUUGAGAGAAAUCACUAUACUAAAAUUAUUGAAUCAUGAAAAUAUAGUGAAACUUAUAGAAGUUUGUAGAGCCGGAGAAAACAGAGAAAAUGAGUAUCAAACCACUUUUUACAUCGUAUUAGAAUUCUGCGAACAUGAUCUAGCUGGUUUAUUAUCCAAUCCAAAUGUUAAGUUUAAUUUAGGAGAAAUUAAGAAUGUGCUUAAACAAAUUUUUAACGGUCUCUUUUAUAUACAUAAACGAAGAAUUAUACAUAGAGACAUUAAGUCUUCAAAUAUUUUACUUAUGAAAAAUGGUGUAUUGAAGAUUGCUGAUUUUGGUUUAGCAAGACGAUUUAGUGGAGUAUUGGCUGAACAAACAAAGGGUUAUACAAAUAGGGUCGUUACUCUUUGGUAUAGGCCUCCAGAAUUACUGUUGGGAACUAGGAACUAUGGUCCACCAAUAGAUAUAUGGGCUGCUGGAUGUAUAAUGGCUGAAAUGUGGACAAGAACGCCUAUAUUGAAAGGAGAUACAGAACAAAGGCAGUUAUUAUACAUUUCACAAUUGUGUGGCUCUAUAACGAAAGAAGUUUGGCCAAGUGUAGUAAAAUGUCCAUUGUAUGAUAAAAUACAUCUGCCCAAGGAUCAAACAAGAAAAAUUAACGAAAAACUGGGGAUUUGUAUAAAAGAUUCAAAUGCUCUUGAUUUGUUAGAUAAACUUCUUACUCUUGAUCCUGGUAAGAGGUAUGAUGCAAAUUUAGCAUUAGAUCAUGACUUCUUCUGGACAGAUCCAAUGCCUUGUGAAUUAACUGAAAUGUUAGCACGAUAUUCACAUAGCAUGUUUGAAUUUUUUAUACCAAGGCGGAGUAAUAAUCUUACUAUUACUCGAGUACCACYCGGUGCAUCAAGAUCUAAUAAUGUUCCUGUUACUCGAGUACCACYCGGUGCAUCAAGAUCUAMYAAUGUUCCUGUUACUCGAGUACCACCCGGUGCAUCAAGAUCUACUAAUGUUCCUGUUACUCGAGUACCACCCGGUGCAUCAAGAUCUACCAAUGUUCCUUUUACUCAAGCAUCAGGCGGUGCAUCAAAAUCUAAUUCAACUUCCAAUAGAUAGUAAAUUUCUUAGAAGAAAUUGAACAUUUGAAGUAAUUCAAUAACAAUGUUAUAUGUUAUAUGUAUUACUUCAUUUUUUAGAUUAAUUUUUAUAAAAAUGUGCAUCAUAAUUUAACACAUUAAGCGCCGAUCCCAUGUUAAAGCGGGUUUCUUAGUUUAUCGCUUGAACGCUGGCACUGAAAUGUUGCAAAAUUGUUUUGUUUGUUUAGUAGGUGUCUUACACGUUGAUUUACAUUUACAUUUUUAACGAAAAAAAAAAAAAACAAAACGUACGUUGUAGUUGAAACGUUGCCGGCGUCGGAGCGUUAAAUUUCUUAUAUGUCGCUUAAUGUAUUAAUAUGACAAUCCUUGUUACGUCACAGUAACUGCCAUGCAUUCUGAUGAUUAGUACAAAAUAGAUUAUAUAAAACGUGUUAUACACUUAAGUAAGUAAAUUAUAUUUUGUAUAAUUUUUUAAUAAAUUCAUUAUCCCCUUUUAUGCUGUAUGUUGAAGUCUUGUAUUGUUGAAAGCAUUUAUGAAAUGGUAUUGGCCCAAAUAAAACCUAAAUAAAUAUUGUUAUUAUUCAAAUUAUCGUGUUAAACUGAGUGGUAAUCGAGAGUAACUUCUCCAGUGUUAAAGGUUUCAAACAAUAUUGCAAAUGGUAUCUAUAUUUUCUAAGACAAGUAUACAAAAAUAUAUUCAUAGAUUUAUUAUUA